AUGGCUAAGAACAGGAGGAGCUCCGGCGUGGGGUCUUCGGAUCCCAGCGGCGCCGCUGCCGGGUUGUCUAGGAGCGGCAAGCCCGGAGGCGUGUCGGGCCGGCUGGUGAACGUGUUCGAGCAGCUGUGGAACCGUCGCAAGUUCGACAUUCUGGGACGCAAGGUCAAGGGCGAUGUUCGCGCCAAGUCCAUCGGCAAGGCCAGGAGCGCGGCUGUGGAAAAGAGGAAGGCGACGCUGCUGCAGGAGUUUCAGCAGCGCGGCAAGGCGAACCUGUUUCUGGAUCGGAGGUUCGGCGAGGGCGACGAGUCCAUUCCCGAGGGCGAGAAGGCCAUCGUACGAUUCCAGAAGGAGCGCAUGGUACGUCGUGACAUGGCAUGGCAUGAUACGGCCCAGCUGAGUCGCAAGAACCGGUUCUCCCUCGGGGACGACGACGAGAGCGACGACGACGACGGGGAGGGCGACGACGGAGGCGGAGGAGGCGCGGGGAGGCGCAGCAGCAGGCGGGCGGCGGCGAGUGAGGACGGCGACUUGCGUCUGACGCAUGGCGGGCGCGACAUUGACGACUUUGACGACUCGGACGUGUCUGGCUUUGGGGAGGAUGAGGAUGACGACGAUGGAACACGUGAGUUGGUGAUUGGGGUGUGUGGGCUGGUGAUAAGAGUCAGUGUGCCAGUCACGACUCUUUUUCCUCUAGACCAGUUGAUUGUGAUUAACUCUUACAUGUGUGGUGGCGACGAGGAUGACAAGCACGCGCGUGGGCGGGAGAUUGACGACUUUGACGACUCGGGCGUGUCGGGCUUCAGCGAGGACGAGGAUGACGACGAUAGAGCACUGGGCGAUCAGAUUGUGAGCGAGUAUCACUUUGGUGGUGGCUUCGUUCCCAAGGCCAAGUCGGCCACAGACGCACAUCUUGACGCGGCGACAGGGCAGGAGGAGGGAGGCGAGGAGCGACAGAAGACGAAGAGGGAGGUGAUGGAGGAGGUGAUGGCGAAGAGCAAGCUGUUCAAGGCGAAGCGGCAGGCGGAGAAGGAGGAGGACGAGCACCUGCGCGAGCAGCUCGACGCGGAAUUCCGCCAGAUCGCACAGUCUGACGCGCUGCUCGCGCUCACGCGCGCGCCCAAAGGGGGAAAGGGCGGAAAGGGCGCCAAGGGGGAGGAGAAGGCGGGAGGGGGAGGCGGGGAGGGAGGGGCGGCGGGAGGAGUGUCUGCUGCUGCGUCUGCUGGUGGCGCUGCUGGUGCUGCAAAGGCGGCUGCUGGUGGCUCGCUGCUGGCUGCUGACGUGGCUGAAGAGGAGAUGGACGACAAGCAGUACGACGUGCUGGCGCGGGAGAUGGUGUUUGACAUCCGCGCCAAGCCCGGGGAACGCACCAAGACAGCAGAGGAAGCGGCAGAGGCGGAGAGGGCGCGUCUGGUGAAGCUCGAGACAGCGGAGGAGGCGGCGGAGGCGGAGAGGGGGCGACUGGUGAAGCUCGAGGAUGAGGAGGAGAGCGAGGAGGAGGAAGGAGAGGAGAAAGAGGAGGGAGAGGAGAGUGAUGAGGAGGAGGAAGCGGAGGAAGAGAAGGAGGGGGAGAAGCAUAAUAUGGAAGAGAGAAAUGCAGCAGCAGCAGCAACAGAAGAGCAGGAGGAUGAGGAGGAGGAAGAUGAGGAGGAGGACGAGGAGGAAGAAGAGGAGGAGAAUGAGCGCAUAGAGAGGGUGUUUCGACGGCGCGAGCUGCCAUACGUGAUAGAAGCACCACAGCAGCUGAAGGACCUGCAGCGGCUGCUAGAGGGGCGCGCAGCAGCAGAGGUUGGCGUGGCAAUCGCACGCAUCCGCGCGUGCAACGCGGCGCACCUGUCCCCAGACAACAAGCGCAAGAUGCAGAUCUUCUAUAACGUUCUCCUGCAGUACUUCGCGUCGCUGGCUAGUGAUAGUGGUGGCGGUGGUGUGUCUCAGCGGGUGGAGGAGGAGGAUCAGCCAGGGAAGAAGCAGAAGCAACAGCACGAGCAGCAGCAGAAACAGCAAGGGAGCAGGCAGCAGGUGAAGCCGCAAGGGGGGAGGAAGGUGGAGGAGGGGAAACAGGAAGAUAAAGAGGUGGAGGAGGAGGAAGAGGCGACGAGUGAGUUGCAGAAGAGGGCGCCGUCAGUGGCAGCGGCGCACAUCAAUGCGUUGGUGCAGCCUCUCGUGGAGCUCUCCGCGUCCUUCCCUCUCUUUGCUGCCGUCUGCGCCCGCGAGCGGCUUGCCCGCAUGCAGAAACGCCUCGUGGCGCGCCUCAAGGCCGGAGGUACGCCGCUUGUGGAGCUCUCCGCGUCCUUCUCUCUCUUCGCUGCCGUUUGCACCCGCGAGCGGCUCGCCCGCAUGCAGAAACGCCUCGUGGCGCGCCUCAAAGCCGGAGAGCCAGCAUGGCCCACGGCGCGCACACUCCUCCUGCUCCGUCUGUGGGCGCUCAUAUUCCCCUCCUCUGACUUCCGACAUCCAGUCAUGACGCCCGUCUCGCUGCUGCUGGGCCAGUUCCUCUCCUGCUGCCCUGUGCGCUCCACCAAGGACGUGGCAGCUGGCCUCUUCAUAUCUGCGCUUCUGCUCAAUUUCCUCUCCUGCUGCCCUGUGCGCUCCACCAAGGAUGUGGCUGCGGGGCUGUUCAUAUCCGCUCUCCUCCUCAAUGUGAGUGUCACUCUCACAUGCAUACUCAAGUUCCUGCGUGCGGCACUGAUCUCGCUGCUGCUGGGCCAGUUCCUCUCCUGCUGCCCUGUGCGCUCCACCAAGGACGUGGCAGCUGGCCUCUUUAUAUCCGCUCUCCUCCUUAAUAUGGUGUCUCAGAGUCGUCGCUUUGUCCCAGAGGCGCUUAACUUUCUGCAUGCGCUGCUGUGGAGCGCUGUUGCCCCCGCCCUCAAACCCGUCAAGCCCAAGGGAGUGCCGCGCUAUAUGCUGCUGCAGGUGUGCUCGCAGCAGUGGCUGUGGGCGCCGUGUGGCGACGGCAGCAACCACCGCAAGCGCAAGCGCGAGCCGCUAGAAGACAAACCCGAGGCCCUCGACUUUGACCGCAUCUUCCUGGGACCUUCCUGCCCGUCCAGCACUUCCGGCACCACUGAAACUACCACCAGCACCACUGCCAACCCAUUUGUUUCCAAGGCUUCGCCCUCCGCUUCUCCUGCUGCUCCUCCCACCCUGCUGGGUGUGGAGGGCAGUGCAGCAGGGACCGUGGCAGAGGCCUACUUUGGCUCCGACGUCUUCAGGCUGAGUCUGCUGCUGGCAGUGCUCAAGACCCUCCGCUCCUUUGCGCUGCUCUACCGCCCCAUGCAGCCCUUCCCCGAGAUCUUCGCGCCCUUCCUGCCCACUCUCGCCGCCCUCGCGGAGUCCGGGCAGCUGCCCGAAGAAAUCGAGCAGGAGCGGGCAGCGUGGGUGAAGGAUAUCGAGGGGGCGGUGGCGGAGGUGGAAGGUUCCAGGCAACCGCUGCGGCUGAGGGUAAAACGGGCCGUACCUGCGAAGCAGUUCAACCCGAAAUUCGAGUCUGAUUUCGCCCGUGGCAAGGACUACGAUCCGAACAGGGAGCGCGCAGAGCAGCGGCGGCUGCAGCGGGCGAUCAAGAGGGAAGCACGAGGAGCAGCUAGGGAAUUGCGCAAGGAUAACCAAUUCCUCGCUGCCGCCCGCGCUAAUGAGGCUGCGAACGCACUGGAGGAGCGGCGGGAGAAGAACCAGCGGGCCAUGGCGUUCAUGGAGCAGCAGGCGCACCUCAUGUGGUCGGGGCAGCUGGGAAGGAAGAGGGGCGGUAUGAGCAGCGGGAAGGGCAGGCGGUAG